AUGGAAGAAAAAUCUAGUCCAGUGACAAGUCAUCCUAAGGAGUCCAAAGGAUCAGCUGCAGGAUAUGGCAAGCAAGAUCUUCCAGCCUACGCUCGCGAUGACAGCGAAAAUGAAGGAAUCGUCCUCGAAAAUGUGGACGGUCUCAAACGACGACUCUCUGGAAGACAAAUUCAAAUGGUGACAAUUGGUGGUUCAAUUGGAACAGCUUUAUUUGUAUCAAUUGGAUCGGGGCUUACACAAGGUGGACCGGGAUCUUUACUCAUUGCGUUUAUUUUGUACAGUUGUUUUCUUGGAUUGGUAAAUAAUUGCAUGGCUGAGAUGUCGAUUUUCAUGCCGGUUAGUGGGAGUUUUGUGAGGAUGGGGAGUAAGUGGGUUGAUGAGGCAUUUGGGUUUAUGUUGGGAUGGAACUUUUUUCUUUAUGGUGAGUGGUGCUCAAUUAUUGUUAGUGAAGAGAUGGGAAAUAUGCGAAUAUGUGCUAAUGAAGGUCUGGGUCUAGAAGCUGUAUUGAUUCCAUGGGAGAUUAGUGCAUUGAAUUUGGUGUUGACAUUUUGGAGUGUCAUUAAUCUCUUUGCUGUUAAAUGGUAUGGUGAGAGUGAAUUUUGGCUCUCUGGCGGUAAAGUGGUCUUGAUUGCUAUGAUAUUCUGCUUUACAUUUAUUACGAUGGUUGGAGGAAAUCCAAAACAUGACGCCUAUGGAUUCCGUUACUGGAAAGAACCUGGAGCUUUUGCCGAAUAUGUUACCACGGGAUCAUUGGGAAAAUUUGAAGGGUUCCUUGCCGCAUUAUGGAAAGCCGCAUUCACGAUUGUUGGACCUGAAUACAUUGCCAUGAUGUCAGGAGAAGCUGCCCAUCCCCGCAAGAACCUUAAGCAAGCUUUCAAGACGAUAUACUGGCGCUUUGGAAUUUUCUUCAUCGGGGGAGCCCUAGCCUGCGGAAUAGUUAUCCCAUACAACGACAAAAAAUUGAUAGCUAUCCUCUCCGGUGGUGGCUCAGAAACUGGCACUGCAGCUUCGAGUCCUUAUGUUAUUGCCAUGCAAAAUCUGGGAAUUGGCGUGCUUCCACAUAUCACCAAUGCCUAUUGCGCAUGCCGUACACUAUAUAGUCUCUCGCUCGACGGCCAUGCCCCACGUUUCCUCCGCAAAUGCACCAAAUCUGGCGUCCCCAUCUACUGCUUUGGCGUCACCAUGAUCUUUCCCUUCCUAAGCUUUCUCUCCGUAGGCAGUAGUUCGGCGCAAGUCAUUACUUGGCUGGCAAACCUUACCGAAGCCUCGCAGAUCAUAGAUUACAUUUGCAUGUGCACUAUUUACAUCUUUUUCUACCGAGCCCUAAAGGCACAGGGUAUCGACAGAAAGACUUUACCAUACGUGGGGUGGUGGCAACCUUAUUGUGCAUGGGCGGGACUUGCGGCUAUGAUUUUUACAGUGGGAUGUUAUGGAUACACUACUUUCUUGCCAGGCUGGUGGGAUACCGGCACCUUUUUCUCCUACUACACCAUGGUAUUCGUCUGCCCAAUCCUCUACACGGGAUGGAAGAUCCUCAAGAAGACCAAAGUAGUCAAACCAGAAGAAGCAGAUCUAGUAUGGGAACGACCAAUUAUCGAUGCUUAUGAAGCGAGUGUAGCCGAGACGCACAUGACGUUCUGGGCAGAAAUCAAAAUUAUGAUGGGCUUUGGAAAAAAGGAAGAGCAUCUGGAGUAG